AUGGCACCGGCCGUCCUAGCCAGCAGAAAUGAACCGCAUUGGAGGGACAGUGAGGCGUACAUGAGGAGAUACACCUCUGUCACCGCUGCCACGAACGCAAAUAAGAGCCGCAACGGCGCCAGUCACAGCCAUGGCGAUUUACUCCCCGGGCGUGACCCGAACCCGAGCCCGAUUCCGCUUCCUAGUUCCUUUCAGAGUUCAAGCCAGAUCCGGAAUCCGUCAGGUGAUCACCGCGUCGGCAGAAUGCUACCUCCCUCCCGGCCGAAGUGGACGAUGGCUCCCGGCGACGAAGUGAAGGAGUCGUACCGCGGCGGUUACGUGACGUUCAAUCUCGAUGCGCACUCCGGGCUGGAAUUGAAAGAGUUGAGGAAGCGCCUUCAAUCGGAGCUCGAACAGGUCCGCACCGUGAGAACGAGGAUUGCAAGCGGGACGAAGGCCAACCAACAGAAUCGCGCCUCGAAAGGGCCAAAAUCUAAGAAGAAUUUUCCAAUUUCGGUUCCGGGUCAGGGUUCGAAACCUAGCUCCCCAUCAACCCGUGAGUUGGAACCCUAUUCGCUACAGGAUAAGGUACUGGUGAGCAUGAUGAGAAGGUGCGGGCAAAUCCUGAGUAAGGUAAUGAAGCACAGAUCUGCUGUGUGGUUCAACCAUCCGGUUGAUGUGGUGGGAAUGCGGUUGUUCGAUUAUGACAAGGUAAUCAAGAGGCCGAUGGAUCUGGGAACUGUGAAAUCCAAUCUCGAUGAUGGGGUUUACAAGGCACCCUUCGAUUUCGCAAGCGAUGUGAGGCUUACUUUCUCAAAUGCAAUGACUUACAACCCUAUCGGGCACGAAGUGCAUGGAUUCGCAAAGCAGUUGCUGAAGUUUUUCGACGAUAUGUUUGAGCCUUCAUAUAAGAGGUUCGAGGCUGAGCAGCGUAAAGUUUCACGGCAGAGUCAUGAUAUGGGUCAAUUUCAACCUGCAUUGUUGGAUAGAGCGGCGGUGUCUCAUCAACCAGUCAUCGAGGCCAUGGAUACAGACGUUGAGGAGGUUGCCAGGGGCGUGAUAGAGCAGCAGCAGCAGCAGCAAUUGCAUAUCGGCAAGGCUGCUGUGAUGCAGCAGCAGCAGUUGAGAGGUGGGAAGCUGCCGAAGCCAAAGGCCAAAGAUGCAAACAAAAGAGCAAUGAGUGCACAAGAAAAGGAAAAGUUGGGGAGGGAGUUACAAGAGUUACCCCCUGAGAAGAUGGAUCAGGUAGUGCAGAUUGUGAGGAAGCGGAAUGGGGAAUUGGAACAAGAGGACGAUGAAAUUGUGCUUGAUUUUGAUGCCAUGGAUGUGGAGACGCUGUGGGAACUUGAUAGGCUGGUGACCAACUACAGGAAAUGCCUUAACAAGAUGAAGAGGCAGGAGCAGUUGCAGCUGCAGCUGCAACUGCAGAACCAACUUGAAGAAAACAAAUUCAUCACCCAGGGUCCUGAAACGAGUCCUGAAAUGGCGAGGAACAAGAUUGUGGAGGAGGAAGUGGACAUUGGAGAGGAGAGUCCAGUUGGGAAUUAUCCGCCGGUGGAGAUAGAGAAGGAUUUGAUUGGAUGCGGGAGUGGGAGUGGGAGUGAGAGUGGCAAGUCAAGCAGCUCUGGUGGUUCAAGGAGUAGCAGCCGCAGCGGUUCUUCCUCGUCAAGUGAGUCAGGAUCGGAGAGCGCAUCUGGGAGCGAGUCUGAUGAAGACAGCGUGCAGUCACCAUGCGUGAAAGCAAACGAUGCCGGAAAUGAGCUGAGAGCAGCAGGACUUUGUUAA